AUGGCUUCAUCGACAUCCGGCAAUCCCACCGACCUGUUCUCCGUGAAGGGGAUGGUGGCUUUGGUCACCGGAGGUGGCACAGGCAUUGGCCUCAUGAUCACGCGCGCCCUCGCCCAAGCAGGAGCCGCCAAGGUCUACAUAGUAGGCCGCCGCCUAGAGGUCCUCCAAAAGGCCGCCGCCAGCAUCGACGCCAGCCCCGGGGUAAUCAUCCCUGUCACCUGCGACGUGACCUCCCAGGACGACCUCACCGCCGUCGCCUCGCAGAUCGCAAGCGAGGUCGGCUACCUCAACCUCCUGUUCUGUAACUCCGGCAUCGCGGGCCCGCAGGUCCCCGCACCGCCAGCGCCGGCUUCCCAGGGGGAGGAGGAGCAGCAGCAGCAGCAGCUCAGCGCCGCGGACUGGGCCGCCCAGAACCUGGCCGUGCCGAUGACCGAGUAUUCACAGACGUUCGCGGUCAACGUGAGCAGCGUGUGGUACACGGCGAUGGCGUGCCUGGACCUGCUCGACAAGGGCAACAAGAAGGGCAAUCUGGGCUGGAGCAGCCAGGUCGUCGUGACCAGCAGCAUCGCUGGGUUCAACAGAAAGGCCCCUGGUGGGUAUGCGUAUGGGCAGAGCAAGGCGGGCACGACGCAUGCGGUGAAGCAGCUGGCUAUUGUGUUGCCGACUUGGGGCAUCCGGGUGAACGCUGUCGCGCCGGGACUCUUCCCCUCUGAGAUGUCGGCGCCCAUCCUCCACAAAAUAGGCGCCGAAAAGGGCAGCACGGGCGACAUUUCUGUGGUCAAAUCUCUGAUUCCCGUCGGACGAACCGGCGAUGAGGAUGACAUGAUAGGCACUGUUCUGUACAUGGUCUCGCGCGCGGGUGCUUAUUGCAAUGGCAACGUCGUGGUCAUUGACGGCGGACGGCUGGGGUGCUUUCCGACCACCUACUGA